AUGGAUUUAGCAGAAAGACCCGCAGUACAGCAAUUUACCAUUGGAGGAGUCUCUGGAUGGUAAGCUUGUAAACAGAGAAUUUUUUUGGACCAGACAGCUGGCGAGAUAUAGUCUGCUACGCAGCUGUUUUUAGCGUCAACUCAGUGACGACGCUUCUCCGCACAGGGGAGGAUUGUUGCGUGACAACACUAAAAACAGCUGUGUAGCAGACUAAGACUAGUGAGACACCAAACAGUGGAGUGUUUACUUUAAUUGGACAACCCAGUUGUUUUAAUCCUUUAACUCACAAGAAUGACCAACUUAAAUUUUCUCCUAACAUCAUCCAAAGAAGAGGCUAGGAGAAUUAAUAAAAUGAUCACUGAAGGGAACUGCAGUGAUUCUUUAUCAAAUUUUCUCACUUAUUUCUUUUGGCAGGUGACAUUGGUUUUGAGAAUUUGUUUCAGUUAUUGGGGCUUACAGUGUUAAUUUAUGGUCAAACCACUAUCCCUAACCCCUCACCACAUAUAUGAUUCUGCUUAUUUAUCCCAGGGCAUAUUUGGGAUUGCCAAAAAUGAUGGGCAACAUAUUAAAGAUGGUCCAGCCUCACUAUAUAAAAUAGUCACUCUCUCUGUCAAGGAAGAGUCCAUUAGGAAAUUCUCUUAUUUUUGGCCAUCAUGAAGAUUACAGCUUGCACAUAUUACCCUAAUCACAAAUUAAUGACAACUCAAGUGCAACUCAUUUGGUUUUCCUCUCUCUAGGUUUGCAGGGUACCUUUUUAAAAGAGUUGGCAAGCUUACACUGUCCAUGAUUGGGGGAGGAAUUCUUGUUUUACAGGUAUAUAAAUCCACAACAUACAUUCCCUUAACCAAGGCUGACGACUGAAUGAAUAGAUUGACUGCUUUUCUUUUGACUUUUUGCCACAGUGGGCAAUUCACUGGGCAGCUAAGUAAUGCAUUUUGGCUUCACCACUAAGAGUGCACAAACAACAUGUCUUAAGACAGAACUGUCUGAUAGUCACAAAAGGCUAGUACUUUGUUUCAAUAAUAUUAUAAUAAUUCUGUUUCCUUAUGUGUAAUUUUUAUUGUAAAAUUUUCAUAUAACACAAAAAAAAUAUUUAUAUUGUUUUCUUGUUAUACAUGAAAACAGAAGAUCUAUAGCCAUGAUUUGUGGAAUUAAAAAUAAUACAAUAUCAGUAAGGUUAUCUAUUUAAAAGACUUGAGAGCCCAAUACUUAAACCUUCAGUAAAGACAACAGUUGUGGGUUGUCAAAAGAUGGUAUUUUCCUCCAAAUUUUUGCUAAAGAAUGUUUGUUAAAUCAACUUUUGUAUAAGGACUUUAAAGUUAAAAAUAAGUUCUCAAUGUUUGUAUUGUCUGAUAAUGGCCGUUUUCAUACUAGAGAUGAUUAUCCAUCUGAAACGAGUUAUCCAUUGGAGAAUUCACAUCAGGUAGAUAAUAGUCAAGGAACAGUCUUAAUUUUGGAUGAACAAUCCACCUGACUUCAUCCAUCUGAUUUUCCAUCAAUGUUGACGGAUUUUUAAGAUGGAUAAUCUGUCUCUAGUGAGAAAACAGCCAAUUCUGAUAAUUUUACUUUCCUAAUAUGCAGUUUGUCAUGUUAUUGCCAUUUAGGUAGCUCAUAGGGCAGGCUAUAUCAACAUAAACUGGAAGAGAAUGGAAAAAGAUGUGGAUAAGAUCACACACAAAGUUGGAAAACAAGUGAAAAAGAUACGAAAGAGUGAUGAUGUUGAGAAAGGAGUUAUUGCACUUGCAAAUAGGGUAGGAAGAGUUUUAAAUUUUCAUUUGACAAGAUAGGUUACGGUCUGUCAAGUGUUACUCUAUUUCUGUUCAGUUGAUUAUUACUAUUAUUUCUCUCCAAGGAGUAUUUCAUGAGACAAGACGGCUUGAUUUUUUUAAACUUGAAACUUUAAAGUUGGUAUUUCCUGGGUGCAUUAUAAAUUAUUCAUUAUUUUAUUUUCAACAGGGUUAUAAAUAUGCUCGACGUAACAUGGCUGCAGCUUCAGGAUUUGCUGGUGGAUUUCUGCUCGGCCUUGCAUUAUAAAUUUAUGACAACACUGGAAUUAUUAUUAAACAAUCGUGACACAUGUUAUCACCAAGAUGCAAGUGCUCACAGCCCAAAAAAUGCUUUGCUAUAGUGUUUUAUCACUUGUAUCGUGACUUAUUAGUUAAGUAGUUACUUAAGAUGACCAUAAUAAUUUCAAGAUUUUAGAAUAACCUUUCUUUUAGUCUUCUUCAAGCAUUGCAGUCAAACUCUCUUGGCAAGCAGUCGCAAUUUUGUAAUUUUGUGAUUUAUGUCACCCUAGGAUCUAAGUUAUUUUAAAGUUUGUGGUGGCAUUCUAAUAUUAUUACAAGUUUUAAUUGCCAAGAAAUGUCCAAGAAACUGAAACCACUUCAGAAUAUAUUUUUGGUUCUUCAACAAUUUAUUAGUUAAAUGCUUGUAGUUUUAUACAAUUUAGUUUUAAUAUACCUUCUUCAUACUGGUAUUGCAUCAAACAAGCACACUGUACUAGCACAUGAUAAGAAUAUAAUAAAGGAG